ACGACCAACAUCAGUUUUCAAUUUAAAUUUUUGUUAAUACAAAAAAAAACUCCAAUCUUCGCCAUGGCUUUCAAGUACGUCCUGUUGUCCUUCUGCGCUCUGGUGGGUGUGGCCAGCGCUGGCUUUUUGGCUCCGGCAACCACUUAUGCUGCUGCCUCCAUUCCCGUGGUGGCCAAGGUGGCUCAGCCGCAUUACGAUGCCGUAGGAACCACCCAGCAGAAUGUGGUGCGCUCUUUCGGUGGCACCGUGUCCACUUACUCCAAGAAUGUGGUCACCCCGUACUCCAGUGUCAGCAAGGUGGACUCUCGCAUCACCAACAAUGUGUACACCCCGAAGACCCUGUACUCGGCUCCUACUCCCGUGAUCACCAAGUCCUUCUACGCCGCUGCUCCUGCUCCAGUUGUGGCCAAGACCGUCUACUCUGCUCCAGCUCCAGUUGUCGCCAAGACUGUUUACGCCGCUCCUGCUCCAGUUUAUGCUGCUCCAGCUCCAGUGGUGGCCAAGACUGUCUACUCUGCUCCAGUGGCCAAGGCUGUUUAUGCUGCCCCAGCCCCAGUCUAUGCCGCUCCUGCUCCAGUUUUGGCUAAGACCGUGUACUCCGCUCCUGCUCCAGUUUACUCCGCACCUGCUCCAUUGGUGGCUGCCGCUCCCGCCGCGUUUGUGAAGUACUCGCCCGCUGCCGUGGUGGCCCAUGCCAGCUUCGAUGGAUUCGGUUCCCACUGGGGAUACUAG